UUUCAUGGUAUCAGUUAGCCUAGGGCAAAAUCACUUCAUCUCUUUCAUCCUCUCUUCCGCCGUGCCCUAAGCUCUCCUUUCUCACCUCCGCCCACUCUUCCUGUCAGCCAUGUCUGACACAAAAUCGUCCUUCCAUCCCGCUCUUGCGGUCUCCAACAUCAAGAACAACAUUCCCAUCGUUCUUGAAAUGGAAAAUGUCCAAUAUGCGACAUGGGCGGAGUUAUUCAAGAUUCACGCACGUUCAAACAAGGUACUCCAUCACAUUGUCACACCAGAACACGGCACGGUCAAGACACCGUCCACUGACGAUGAGAAGGAGCUUUGGUCCACACUCGACGCAACGGUCUUACAGUGGAUUUAUUCCACCAUCUCCACCGACCUCUUGCAAACUAUUAUUGAACCCGACUCAACGGCAAUGGAAGCUUGGGGUAGGUUGCGUGACAUAUUCCAAGACAACAAAAACUCUCGUGCCGUCACUCUUGAGCAGGAAUUUUCCCACACCUCUAUGGAAGAUUUCCCGAAUGCUUCGGCUUACUGUCAAAGGCUCAAGGAGUUAGCUGAUCAACUGAAGAACGUCGGAGCACCGGUAAGUAAUGACCGUUUGGUUCUUCAAUUAGUUGCAGGACUCACCGAAGCCUAUAAUGGCGUCGGCACCUUGCUGCGACAGAGCAACCCUUUGCCUCCUUUCUACCAGGCUCGAUCAAUGCUCACACUGGAGGAAGCGGGAUUGGCCAAAAAGGCCGCCAUAGGAGCUCCUUGCGCCAUGGUUGCAGCCGCGCCCAGGGAUGCUGAUGAUGCUCCACAACUCUCGUCCUACCCGGACAACCGUGGUAAUGGGGGAGGCAAGAAGGGCAGCCACCGAAAUUAUGAUGGUAAAAACAACCGCGGCGGCGGCCGGGGCGGUGGCAAGGGUGGCAGACAUGGUGGAGGCAGCAACACCCAUGGUGGGGGGCGUGGUGGUAACCACUCGGGGCAGCAACAACAAUCCGGGUAUCAACAGGGGAAUGGUGCUCAAACUAUGCCUUGGCCUUGGCAGUGGCCUUGGCCCAUUCCCCCUUGUCCAUAUUGUUAG